AUGGGCUGCAAUUCGUCUAAAAAGAUAGACGAGUCUCUCAAGAAUAGGCCCCCCAAGGGCCGAUCCCGGAAGCACCGGAAGGGCCGUGACGAGGAGGCCGCCAACGGAACCGAGAGCGAUCUGACCCCCCCCGACAGCCAGCGCUGGGACCCCCAUCGCGUCGCGGAGGACCGCCGUCGCCUGCCGAAUUGUCAUUUCUGCCAUUUGCCGAUCCUGGACAAGGACUACAACGCGCACACGGUAAUGUGCGAUGAGCGCGAGGUCACCUGCUGGAAUUUAUGGUGUCAAAAGAUUGUCAAACAGCGCGACCUUACCACGCACCUCGAGGAGUGCGGGCGGUGGCAAAAGGCGAUCUGCCCAAAAUGCGGCCUCGAGGUGCUGGUGAGUGAGAUGCAGAACCACCGGGAUGGGUGCAAUCCUAAGCCCUGCCCGAGCUGCGGGGAGGUCUGCAUCAUUCGCAUCCACAAGUGGUGCCCCAAGACUUAUGUAGAUAACCUGGAGCUCAAGAACGGUCCUUUUGCGAAGCAGUCGCUGCUCGCGAAGUACUGCGCGGAGAAAAAAAAGAAAACCCAUCUGGAGCGGCAGGAGUUCAACAUCGCGCGCAUCCAGCUCCUUUGGCACUGGAUCAAGUGCAAGUACUUAGUCGAGGAGACAAUUUUUAGAUGUGUCUACAAGGAGAUGGACUUCAAAAAGGAGGGAUUCGCCAUCUUUAAGGCCCACGAUAAGGUGAACGACUCCCACGUCCUCGCUCCGCGGCGGUCGCGCUCAGUUAUUCAGGCCCCCGUCGUCGCCCCCGCGAGUUUCUCACACUACUUCCCGGUGAAUUCUAACACCCCGAUCACACUCUACCACGUACAGCGCAUGAUGCAAGACAUGCGGCGCCAUAUCCUCCUGCCCUACCCCGCCGCCUGGAGGAUCUUCACCAAUGCGAUGAACCAUCUUAAUACACUGCCGAAUGUCGUGCGAAUGUCCCCAUCGGUCGGCGCGCGCGACGUGAACGGACGCUUUAGCCAGGGUUGCAAGGUUGUCGUCGUCGGCGAUAUCCACGGGCAGCUUACGGACCUCCUGCACAUCCUCCAAGAAUGUGGAAUGCCCGGGGAGAACAACUACUACAUCUUCAAUGGCGAUUUCGUCGACCGAGGGCAGUAUGGAGUCGAGGUACUGAUCAUCCUCUUCUCGCUGAUGCUGGCAUGCCCGAAGUAUGUCACUCUCAACCGCGGCAACCACGAGUGCGAUUACAUGAACGACGAGUACGGCUUCGACGUCGAGGUGAGCACGAAGUACGACCGCAAUAUCUUUCGCCUCAUUCAGCGCUGCUUCUGCGCGCUGCCCCUCGCGACAAUCAUCGGGAAUAAAAUUUUUGUCGUCCACGGCGGGCUGCCGCGGCGGAUGGGGGUCACGAUCGACGACCUCUCCCGCAUCCAGCGCUUCCGCCAGGUCCCGAUGCCGAACCGUUCGCAACCGGAGGAGGAUGAGAUCUUCCAGGACCUCCUCUGGUCGGACCCUGUAGAGGAUAUCACGGACUGGCGAGAGAGUCCACGCGGCGCGGGCGUCGAGUUCGGCGUGAAGGUCACCAACAGCUUCCUCGAGACAAACAACCUCAAGCUGGUUGUGCGCUCCCACGAAGAGUGCGUGAGUGGGUACCAGGAGCUCCAUGACAAGAAGCUGUUCACUGUCUUCUCUGCGAGCAACUAUGAUGGGCCGGAUACAAACUACGGCGCGAUUUGCAGCUUCAUUGCGGACUCCAUCGACCCUAGUUUCCAAAUUUACCAGGUCUACGAGGAGGAUCUGGAGGAGCAGUCGUUGAAUAUCACAGAUAGCUUUGCCAUUAACACUCCGAUCGCCGCGCGGUUGGCGUCCUUCACGGUGAAUAAUCCCGGUUCCUUUCGCCAGAUCCUUCGCCGGGGGACAAAGUAUGAUAUCCUUCGAGAGCUGCGCGAGCGCAUUUACCAGCGGCGCCAUCGUCUUAUGGCGUACUUCUCCAAACUUGAUCGAACAAAUAAAGGUUCUGUUUGGAUUAUUGAAUGGGCGGAAACGAUGCGGAACGUGCUGAAUUUGGAUCUUCCGUGGUACUUCCUCCGAGGCUACCUUGUGAGCCUGGACAAGGACGCCCGCACGCAGUACUCCCCCUUUCUGAAGGACUACCACAAUAUUCUGCAGUAUUUGUGGGUGAAUAGUUGGGCCCAGGCGACGUGCGCGCAGCUCCAGCAGCAGCAGCGCAGCAACCACCGCAGUCGCCUUGUCACAAUCGCUUUCAACAAGGAUGUGGUGACCUACAACGACUACUGCUCCGUCCUCCGCGCGAUCGACUACACCAUCAGCGAGUUCCAGCUCUUCCAGCUCUUUCAGUUCUUUGACACAGAAGGGCAGGGGCACCUCUGCGGGCCGGCCUUCCUGAAACAGAUGCAGCUCAUCGCGAACCGGAAGCUGGACCCGCUGCGCUGGGACGUCGACGCGAUGGAGCAGCUGCAGAACACCCUGAUCCAGGGACGGAGUCAGCUCUCCUCGCUCUUUAAGGUAACCUCACGGGAUCGGGUGCUGUGCAAGGAGAAGUUUAUGGAUGGCAUGGCGCAGCUCGGACGUGGCAUGCGCAAGCAGCUCACGCACCCUCAGAAGGAGGCCAUUUACGAUUUCAUGAGGAAUCUAGUGCCGGAACACGAGGAGGUCACCUUCAGUGCGUUUCUCACUAUUGUGUGUGUGUUUAACAUCGUUUUACCACCCUCCUCGAGCUCCUAUCCAAACACCCCGGACAUGGAUCUUUUGCAACGUCUUUUCUCAAACGAGAAUAUCUACGUGUCGCCUUACCCGAUGAGCCCUAAAAUGGUGAAACAUUAG